CUCAAUUCUCUGGCCGUUACCGACCACGGCUGCUUCACUCGUCGCGGACCGGGACUCCACGGUGCCUUCCACUCACCCUGCCUCGGAUUGAUCCCCCUUGGCCCGAGGGCAAGGCUCUACGGGGCAGCAUGGCGAAGGCGACCAACUCGUCGCCGCUGGAGGACUUGGACCUAAGCGGAGAUGAGGUACAGCGUCUCACCACCGCCUUCCAGGACCCAGAGUUCCGGCGGCUGUUAUCCGAGUACGCCGGGGAGCUCACAGACCCCGAGAACCGAAAGCGCUACGAGGCGGAGAUCACUGAGCUGGAGCGUGAGCGCGGAGUGGAGGUUCGGUUCGUGCACCCGGAGCCGGGCCACGUACUGCGCACCAGCUUGGACGGAGCGAAGCGCUGCUUUGUGAACGUGUGCAGCAACGUGCUGGUGGGCGCGCCGAGCAGCCGGCCCGGCUCCGGGGGCGCGGCGCCGGGCCACCACUGGUUCCUGCCCCACAGCCUGGCUCCAGGCCGCGAGUACGCGGGGCGCCGGGGCACUCGCUACACGGUCUACGACGUGGUCUUCCAUCCAGACGCGCUAGCGCUCGCCAGGCGCCACGAGCGCUUCCGCCACAUGCUGGACGCCACGGCCCUGGAGGCCGUCGAGAAGCAGUUCGGCGUGAAGCUGGACCGCAGGAAUGCCAAGACCCUGAAGAUCAAGUACAAGGGGACUCCGGAGGCCGCCGUGCUCCGCACGCCACUGCCUGGGGGUGCCCCGGCCCGCCCCGAGGAGGAGCCGGAAGGCCCUCUUUCCGAUUUCCCUUACCCCUACCGGUACCCGGGGGCCUCCGGGAACUCGGCCGUGCCCCAGCCCCAGGCUCCCGCCCCUUCUGGGCCGGCCCCGCCCCCCGCCCCCACCGAGCCUCGCUACAGCGUGGUGCAGCGCCACCACGUGGACCUGCAGGAUUACCGCUGCUGCCGGGACUCGGCUCCGAGCCCGGUGCCCCGCGAGCUGGUGGUCACCAUCGAGCUGCCGUUGCUGCGUUCGGCCGAGCAGGCAGCCCUGGAGGUGACGGGAAAGCUGCUGUGCCUUGACUCGAAGAAGCCUGACUAUCAGCUGCGGCUCUCGCUCCCGUAUCCGGUGGACGACAGCCGCGGCAAGGCGCAGUUCAACAAGGCCCGGCGGCAGCUAGUCAUCACGCUCCCUGUGGCUCUACCUGCCACGCGCCGGGGGCUCCCGGCAGCGCCGGAAGGGGCGGUGGACCCGCCCGGAACUGACGGCGGGUCGUGCGCUUCCGCUCGCCAAGGGGAGGCAGGCCAGGGUGGGGGUAACGCCGAGGACCGAGACUCUAGUACCAGCGGUGCCGGUGCUGCAGACGCCGGGAUCGCCACCCCGAGCGCCCCCGAGGUGGCGUACUCGCCUGCCGGCGCUGGAGAGGAGAUUAUCCCCGAACAGAAAGAACAGGACUCCGGCGGGCACGCGGACGCGGGGUCGCCGCUGGGCAAUCGGGAGGACUCGCGUACAGGAGCAGGGAGCGUCUCUGGCGACGGUGGCGGAGGCUUUCCUUGUGUUUCAACCGGAAACCUUGACGCGGGGUCUUCAACAGAAAGAGGGGGUGAAGGCAGAGAUUUCAGUGUGCAGACGCGCGGGCGCUGCGAAGGCGCUGACCGAGAGCCCUCUAACGGAGCCAUGGGUGGUCCCGGGACCCAGAGCGGGGAACCUUUGUGUCCUCCUUUGCAGUGUAAUCAGGAUGAAGAAUCCCUGAUUCUACUAAUUCAAGUUCCACGGAUCCUGCCGCAAAGUCUUCGAGGGGAUUUGAACCCCCUUCGGUACAAAUUGUGCUUCUCCACGCAAGACUUUGUUUAUUAUUCCUUCUUUUUGCAGUUUGCUCCAGAGAAUAAAUUGAGUACCAAAGAACCCGUGAUUAGCAUUUCUUCAAACAAUGCAGUGAUAGAACUGGCCAAAUCUCCAGAGAGCCAUGGACAUUGGAGGCAGUGGUAUUACGGUUUAAACAACGAUUCUUUGGAGGAAAGGUUGUUUGUCAAUGAAGAAAGUGUUAACGAGUUUCUUGAUGAGGUCCUGAGCUCUCCAUUCAAACAGACAAUACCCCUAACCCCACCAUUAAUUGAAGUUCUUCAGAUUACAGAUAGUAAUAUUCAAAUUCAUGCAAAGUUGCAAGAAUGUAAUAACUCUCAUCAGCUUCAUGUAAAGGAAGAAGUCAAUGAAGGAAGUCAUCUGACUGAAAAAGAAAAUACAGAACAUCUUAUCACCACCACAACUGAACAAGAACAAACACUGGGAAAUGCCAGACCUGAUUCAUCUAUAGCGGAUAAUGCGAUAGCAACAGACAGCUGUGGUUCAGUUGCAUACUUGCAACAAGAGUCUCCUGAUGUUUUUCAAGUGCUAUCUGGAAAAUCUCAGCAACCUGAGUCAAAAACGGACCCUGAAUUUAUAAAAGAAAAAUGUGCUGUUUACUCAAAUGAGGAAAAAGAGAAUUUAAAAGAACCAGUAUUAACUGGAGAGAAAGAAUUAGAUGGAGUUCACCUAUCUUCACUACAGAACAAAACUACGGUUCACAACGUAUCUGCUUCUGAAAGCAUAAAAGAAACCAAUAUGCAAGAUGGUAGUGUACGAAUUAUUAAAGAUCAUGUGACUCAUUGUGCAUUCAGUUUUCAGAAUUCUUUGCUAUAUGACUUAGACUAAUUCUGUAUAAUUUUGGAAUUUAAACAAUAAAAAAAUUAGGACCUAAAAUAUUCUGUUAAAUAUUGUCUUAAAACUAAGUUAUUCAGGAAUGUAUAAAAGUAAAAUUUGCAAUUUUGAUUCUAAUUGGGAAACUGGAGUUUUUUUGGGUUUUGUUUGUUGCCUGUAGAGAAUUUAAAUAAAUUUUCCUUAAUUAUGGAGGUAAGUUUUGUGAUUCCUCUGAUAGAUGUGUUUUUCUAACGGAGAGUUAAACUUUAGUUUUAAUAUAAACCGUUACCUAUUCUGUGUGGUUUUUUUGCUUCUGUUUACCAUUACUUUAAUAAGUUUCAAAACAAACAUUCACUAAGUUAUAAUUCUAUUACAAAAAAGGAUUCUCGAGAAUACAAUUAACUAGAAAUGAGUGUGUGUGUGUUAGAAUCUCAAAACUAUUGGUUGUGUCACAUAACAGGAUGUAUUUAUGCUUCAAAUAGAGCUUCGUAGGAAAGCAGUUCUACUCUGUCCUAUAGGGUCGCUGUGAGUUGAAAUCGACUGGACGGCACUGGGUUUUAUUAGAAAAGAACUUUACUAACCAGUAUUAACAAUCUAAACAAUUACAAUACAAAUACACUUAAUGAAAUUUGUAUGUUUACUUGAGCUCUCUAUUUGACUCUUCUCUUGUAUGUCACACAAACUAUAUUAAGGUUGUUUAGUAAUGAUUUUGAAAAUUUAACUUCUAAAAGAAUUUUUUGGAAGUUACUAUUACAGUAUUAAAACAUCUUUUGGUUUAACAGAAUACGUUUAAAAAGUUUAGAACAAGACAAAAAAUCUGACAUUUUGCUUCCAUAGGAAAAUUUUCUUCAUUAUUACAUGAAAAAAAAGAGCCAAUGUUUUCUAAUCAUUUUCUUUAAUGACACCUAAAAGAGAGCUGCCAAUCACAUAUCUAAGGAAUUAGUAAUUAGUUUCAUGGAACAGUAUUUCUAUGUAAGACCAGGAGAAAAUUCCAACAGGUUUUUAUUUAACAAAAAUUUAUAGGAGUUAAUGAAAGAAGAUGCAGGAAGGAAAAUAUUUGUUCUAAUUGAGGCCUUGGGCUGAUCUAUUUGCUUUGGAAACAGCUAGCAAUUCAGACCUCUGGUCUUGGCUUGGUCCUGAAAAUUGCCUAAUAUAUUUUGUUCUUUGAACUGGGGGGUCCGAUCUGAACACCAACAACUGAUACAAGCCUGGCGAUUCAUCCUGAUUGACAUUUACAGCCCCUAAAUAGAGUCUGGAGCCAGACUAGCAUGUGAAAGUAGUGCAGAGGUAGCUCAGAAAGCAAGGGAACCAUCUGCUUCACCUUGGACAACUGCAUGCACUUUUUCAACCACAAUCCAAAAACCAAAACCCGCUACCAUUGAGUCGAUUCCAACUCAAUAUAGGAUAGAACACAAUUGCUCCACGAGGUUUCAAAGGCUGUAAAUCUUACCGGAAGCAGACUGCCACAACUUUGUCCUGCAGAGCAGCUGGUGGAUUUGAACUGCUUUUAGGUCAGUGGCCACUGCCACCAGGGUUCCUUUCAACGACAAUAGGAACUUUAAGUUGGUAUAGUAACAGUUUUGAGACUCUCCAUUUAGUACAUAAUUUUCUUAGGUUGAAGUGACUAUUUGUAGUAUCUCUUCACAGAAAUGAGCCUUUUAUGAGUAACUUUUUGGUUACAUGCAAUUAUAGAUGGUUAUACGAAACUUCUACAUUAAAUAUGGAGUAAGCUUUAUGCCUGGUUCCUAUUUUUACUUUAUCUAUCCUUUAAAAAGUAUGAUUUCAGUUAAAGCUGGCACUAGAAAGUGUUUCACUUGGGCAGGAGUGAACUUUGUAUCAUUUCUAGCUUUCCAAAACAAUUUAGUCUGUAUUUCCCUUACAAGGCAGCUUCUUAUUGUUCAUUAUCUAUGCCUGGCUAAUUUGAAAGCCAAACAGUUUCUUUCAAAGGGAAUGCAUUGUCAUGAGCUGGGUUUUAUUUCAAACUCAAUUAUACAAUGUACAGAUACUAAAUAUUAGCAUGUUUUUUUUUUAAUGUUAACUUUCAAAACACCUAGAAUGCCUGUACUGAAUUUUGGAGUAAAUGAUUAAUAAAAUUUACUUUGCAAAAUGAUCAGGAAUCUUUUUAUGCAAAAUGAGUAUUUUAUUUUGGCAGCACUAAAAAAAAAAACCCACUGUAUUUCUACAUUGAAGUGAAAACAA